UUAUGAAGAUCUAAAGGCAGAAGUUAGAGAAUUUUUAUUAUAACUGACUCAAUGAGCUCACUCGUAGCUUAUGAUGAUUCGGAUUCUGAGGCAGAAGAUGGAAAGUCUGCAGAUGUUGCUAGCAGUGAAAAGAACCUGACACAUUCUGUCGUGGGUGCUGUUCAGCCCUGUGGUGGAUUGGACUCAAUUUCUAAGAGCAAAGUCCAACCUGUGGAAUGCAUGGGUAGUUUCAGAAAGAACAUUUUUCACCCUGAGGCUAAUAAAAAGUCGAUGGUAACAUGUGAUCCCAAGGAUUUGUAUCCUGCUACUUUGAAAAUAGCAAGCAGUAAUCCUAACCUAUCAUUGAACCCUUUGCUGAAACCUAAAAUACUUUCUGGAAAGGAGAGUUCUUCGCAGAAGAGGGCCUGUGAUGACAGAGAUGUUACCAUACAAGGAUUGAGACCAUAUGUUCCUAAAAGACUGCGACAGGAAAAAGAACCAGUUCUUCAUGAAGCAGAAGCCUGUGGAGAGAGCACAAGUACUGCAACCAAACAUGGUACAGCAGGAGAACCAAUGUCCAUUAAAAUCUCCCAAUAUAUUAUGCCAUACAUAGAAUCCAAGUAUGGGGUUACUGAAAUUCCAAAGAACCUGGUGUUUCACAUGUCUGAUCACAGCGGUCCAGUUAAUGCCGUCCGAUGGUGCCCUGUGCAGAGGUGGAGCCAUAUGCUGCUCUCUGCAUCUAUGGAUAAAACUAUCAAGGUUUGGGAUGCUGUGGAUCGGGGCUGUUGUUUAAAAUCGUAUUCUUGCCACACGGGUGCCGUCCGGGCUGCCCAGUGGGCCCCCUGUGGAAGAAGUGUUCUCACUGGAGGCUUUGACUGCAUGCUUCAUUUAACAGAUAUCGAAACAGGAGCACAGAUCUUUAGCAGUAGGAGUGAAUUUCGGAUCAGCACCCUGAAGUUUCACCCUCUUGAUGCAAACAUUUUUAUUUGUGGAGGGUUCAGUCCAGAAGUUAAAGCCUGGGAUAUAAGGUCUUCCAAGGUAAUAAAAGUCUACAAAGCUGCCAUACAGCAAACCUUGGAUAUCAUGUUCCUCCCUGAAGGCAAAGAAUUUCUUAGCAGUACCGACGCAGUGAGCCAAGAUUCAGCUGACCGUACUAUCAUUGCAUGGGACUUCCACACAGCUGCAAAGAUCUCCAAUCAAAUUUUCCAUGAGCGUUAUACCUGUCCCAUUCUUGCACCUCAUCCGAAGGAGCCUGUCUUCGUUGCUCAGACCAAUGGCAACUACACUGCCUUGUUUUCCAGCCUGAGACCCUACAGAAUCAACAAAAAGAAGAGAUACGAAGGGCACAAGGUUGAAGGGUUUGCAGUCGGCUGUGAGUUUUCCCCCGACGGAACGCUUCUUGUUACGGGGAGUUCAGGCGGCAAUGUGUUUUUCUAUAACUAUCGGACUGCUCGCAUCGUUCGCACCUUGUCUGCGCAUAGUCAAGCCUGUGUGGGCGCAACGUUUCAUCCAGUCCUUCCAUCGCUCCUUGCUACAUGUGACUGGGAAGGCACAAUCAAGAUCUGGCAGUAAUAACAACAGUUCUGAAACACAUUAUUUUUCCGUAGGAUCUGGCUGGCUUUCCAGCUUUGUAAAUGGUUUUUGUCUUUACGUUUUAUGUUUUAAAGUUCUAUGCUGUGAGGUUUGUUUUCAAGCAUGCCAGGGUGUAUGAGUGGAAGGAGGGAAGGCUUUACUUCCCUGGCUUCAUCACACAGGUGUCUAACUCACCUGGCUCCCCCCACCCACACUUUCCCACUGGAUUUGUGAAAUUCUUCAUCGGGGCUGUCUGAUGCUCACGGAGCUGUGGCUUCCUUGCAGACUACCCUGAAAUACGUAUCUUCCUCCCCAGUUUCCUUUGUAGCCAUUGAGGGAAAGAUGGCCCAGCAUUAAAAAAAGGAUGAGUGACUAGCUUGCAGACCCAAGUCUAUACAAUCUAGUUGCUCACAAAUCAUCUGAUUAGGAGAAAUCAAGUGACCAAUCAACAGAA